UGGCCCGCUGUCGUUGCCUGUAUUGGACACUGGUUUCACAAGUCUUCGCGAGGCGUUAUUUUUGGUUUAUGGAAUUCUCAUACAAGUAUUGGUAAUAUUCUCGGCGCCAUCAUUGCCGGUGCAUUUGUCGAAUAUAAUUGGGGUUUGAGUUUUAUUGUUCCUGGCGUUAUCAUGGCAGUGGCUGGUUUUCUUGUUUUUCUCUUCUUAACUCCUUAUCCUGAAGAUGUUGGCAUUUCCCAGUCAUCUAUCCAUGACCCCGUUGAUCCUAGAAACACACAAGACUUUACUGAAAGCGAAGAUGUUGGCUCCUCUGGUGUAUCAUCCAUGACUGAAUCUCGUGAAAAUAACAGUUAUCGUCGUCGUAUCAUUGACGAUGUUAGCGAAGAAGAGAGUCCAUUGCUUGGCAAUGAUCGUCCGAUAAACGCUUUAAGAGCACAAAAAAACGCUAUCUCAUUCUGGGAUGCGCUUCAAAUUCCUGGUGUUGUUGAAUUCUCAAUCUGCUUAUUCUUUGCCAAAUUUGUAAGUUAUACGUUUCUCUACUGGUUACCACGAAUCAUCAUGUCUUUGACUCAUGAAUCGUCAUCACAUUCUGCAUAUCUGUCAGUGCCUUUUGAUUUGGGUGGAAUUAUUGGCGGCGUUCUUGCUGGCUAUGUUGUAGAUCGAACCGGCGCAAGUGCAAUCACAUGCGUUAUUAUGCUUUCACUUGCUAUCCCAUCGCUUUAUAUCUAUCUCAUAUUUGGCGCAAGUUCAUUCAUGAUGAAUAUUUUAUUACAAAUCAUUGCGGGAACUUUUGUGAAUGGGCCAUACGCACUUAUUACAACUGCUGUUUCAGCUGAGCUCGGAACAAAAGUAAAAUCAAGUAAUGCUUUAGCAACCGUGACAGCAAUCAUUGACGGUACUGGCUCACUGGGAGCCGCUGUUGGACCCUUCUUUGCCGGCCUGGUUUCUUCUAGUAAUGGUUGGAGUAAUGUCUUCUUCAUGGUAAUGAUCGCCGACGGUAUU